AUGUCGUCGACAGAUUCUACACAAUUGAUUCAAUCAACAACUGCGUCGGAUGAUUGCUCGAUCUGUUUGAAUAGUCUUACAUCGAACUCGAUUUUGUUAACAUUGACAUGUAAUCAUAGAUUUCAUCUACAAUGUUUGGCUUCGAACAUUCAAGCACGGAACAACGUGUGCCCUCUGUGUCGAUCAGCGAUUGAUGCAACUGCUGUGCAAUUACUAGCAGGUGUGACUCAUCCGCCGCAAACACUACCGCUUUACACUCCGUCUCCUCCUCCUCACAUACCGAUUCGACCACACUCGGUGCCAACAAUUCCUUCCGUGGAAGAUCCAAUUGAUGAAACUGCAGUACAAGCUCUCACAGCUCGAGUCUCAUCUGCACGGCAGACUGCUGCUAUUGCCGCUUCAGCUGACACAGCUACCGAUCGUCCAACGAUCACGGCUACAACAACGCUGGAAUACUGUGCUCAACCACUUCAGCCUGCUUCAAACAUCUACGGUCUAGUCACACUCCAAGCUCCUCCACAAAUCAUCUCAUUGAACGAUGCGUCGUCAAUACCAACUCGUGUUCCCAUCGAUCUCGUUUGCGUUGUUGACCAAAGUGGAUCGAUGGCUGGCGAUAAAUUGACUUUAUUAAGACAAACUCUUGUUUACAUAACCGAACAAUUGAAUGAUCUCGAUCGUCUAGGAAUCGUCUCAUUCGAUACUCGGGCUUACAAUCGUUCACAUGGAUUAAAACGAAUGAAUCCACAAAAUCAACAGACUUUAACCAACGCAAUUAAUAAUGAUAUUGUUGAUGGCGGUGGUACAUUCAUUGGAUGCGGUCUAAAGAUGGGUAUUGAUCUAUUGAAGGAUCGGCAAACGAAAAAUCCCAUUGCCGCUUUACUCCUACUCACCGAUGGUCAAGAUAAUCAAUCGCACGACUAUACAGAACUAUUAUCGACAUUGCCGACCGAUGUGUUAUGUCAUACGUUUGGUUAUGGACCUGAUCACAUAGCGAAUCUUCUAGUAAAAAUAGCGGAAACAGGAAACAACGGCAGUUUUACAUAUAUCGAUCAAGAGCAAGCAGUAGGUGCCGCUUUUGCCGUAACAUUGGGUGGCUUAUUUAGUUGUGUUGCAAAACAAAUUCAAGUUCGAAUUGAACUUAAUGGGCAAUAUACUAUCACUGAUAUACAUUCGAAAUAUCCACAUGAACCAACAGCUUUACCCUCGAAUAAAUUGACAGUCAAAUUCAAUGAUUUGAAUGCUGAUGAAAAACGGAAUCUGAUUUUUCAAUUACAUGUGCCCGAAAUCGAAGAAAGCCAAACUAUUGACAUGAACAGUCAAAAUACCAUGUCACAAGACGUACAACUGGCUGAUGUGCCUUCGGUGAUAGGCCAUGUCUCAGUCACUUACAUUGAUCCCAAUAAUGAUCAAACAGUAACAACGAUACCUGUUCCUUUCGAAUUAAUUCGAGCAGCAGCGCCAACCUCUGAGCAACUUCAAGUCAAUUAUACUCUCGAUUUACAACGAAACCGUGUUGAAACAGCUCGUGGACUAAAACGAGCUAUGGAUGAACGUGAUUAUCAUCGAUCGCGAAAUAUUCUCAAAGAUCAAGUGAAGAAAAUCAAAGCAAGCGUUUCUGGCAAUGAUCCAUUUUGUCUAUCGUUAAUUCAAGAUCUUGCACAUCAUUAUCCGUCGGAAAAUGCCUAUCGUUCAUCACACAAUAAUACGUACAUGCAGCAUUCGUCGGAACGAGGUACCUAUGCACCGACAACAACAUUUAGUUCACUGAUGUAUCAAAGUCCUUGUCAACAGCAGCAGGCAAUGCAUUUUCAACAACAGGUACCGAUGCGACAACCGCCUGUUCAACUACAAUCUCAACAACAACAACAACAGCAGCAACAACCAAUGCCUGUUCAACCACAAUCGCAACAACAGGAAAAGCCGGAUGAACAAAACAACGACCAGAUAUAA